UACUUCAGUUGCGCCACCAUUUCAUAGCAGCUAUGCGGAAGAUAAUAUUUAUUAUUAUUGCAUUCUUCUUUUCAUCAACGAAUGGAAAGACAGAACAAGUCAAUAUGAUUGUUGACGUCAUCCAAGCUGCUAAUAGACCAUCUUCUGUGAUUGGUAAACUUUGUUGGACACCUACCAAAAUAAUUCAUUUGUCCUCGGCACUCGUGAAAGAAAAUAUUCAAUUCAGUGCUAAUGCCGGUUUGACAAAUGAUUACAUGCAAUUUUACGAUGAGGAACAGCAAAUCGUAUUUCUGGCUGAUCUCGAUUGUCCCGAUAUUGAAGAUUAUUUUCAAAUGAAUAGUACGAGAACUUUUUUCCGUGCACCAUUCCGCUGGAUUCUAUUUGGAGACUCUGGAUCUGUCAACGAGGAUAAUAUAGUGCCAGAGGCCAUAGCUAAUGUAGAUGUGCUGAUUGACUCCGAAGUUUUGGUAGUAAGAAGCAUUGACGAUGCAUAUGAAAUGCACUUUAUUUACAGAAUAAGCCCAAACAAUACUUGGAACACAGAGUACUAUGGAACUUGGGAUAGCAAAAAUCGAUUUCAAAAAUCGAAUCGAUUCGUCGAGCCGACAUCUCUAAGACGUCUUGAUAUAAAUGAAUAUGAAAUUAGCAUUUGCUAUGUGCUAACAAACAACAAUAGCAUCAACCAUUUAUCUGAUGGACUAGACGAUCACAUUGAUACGAUUACAAAGGUGAAUUUCCCCACGACCAACCAUUUGUUGGACUUCCUUAAUGCUGGAAGGAAAUAUAUCUUUGCUGAAACAUGGGGCUAUAAGGUCAAUGGCACCUGGAACGGUAUGACUGGUUACUUGGUAAGGGGCGAAGUUGAAAUUGGGGGGUCUCCAAUGUUCUUCACGUUUGAAAGAGUAUCGAUAGUCGACUACAUUUCGAGUCCAACACCAACUCGAUCCAAAUUCGUGUUUCAACAACCUAAACUAUCAUAUGAGAACAAUUUGUUCCUAUUACCGUUUAAUACAACUGUAUGGUAUUGUACUGUAGGUUUGGUCUUCGUAAUAUACCUUGUACUGCUUCUGGUGGCGAAGUGGGAAUGGAAGAAGACAAAACAUACUAUUGAAACGAGGGAAAAAGACGCUGGUGUCCUAAGAGCUAACGUUGUUGAUGUUAUCAUUUUGAUAUUCGGAGCUGCUUGUCAACAAGGAAGUCCUUCAGAACUGAAGGGAUCACUAGGUCGUAUUGUAAUGCUGGUACUGUUCCUUGCUCUGAUGUUCCUCUACACCUCCUACUCAGCCAACAUCGUUGCUCUUCUUCAAUCUAGUUCUUCUCACAUCAAAACUCUGGACGAUUUACUCCACUCCAGAAUCAAAUUUGGCGUCCAUGAUACUGUCUUCAAUAGAUACUAUUUCUCGACUGCAACAGAACCAGUAAGAAAGGCAAUUUAUGAGAAGAAAGUGGCUCCACCAGGCACCACUCCUCGGUUCAUGACUAUGGAUGAAGGAGUCUUACAAAUGCGCAAGGGGCUAUUCGCAUUCCACAUGGAAACAGGCGUUGGUUACAAGUUUGUAGGAAAAUAUUUCAAUGAAGGAGAAAAGUGUGGUCUUCGUGAGAUUCAGUAUUUGCAAGUUAUAGAUCCCUGGCUAGCUGUUCGAAAAGAUACUCCAUUCAGAGAGAUGUUUAAAAUUGGAACGAAAAGAAUUCAAGAACAUGGGUUACAGUACAGAGAAAACCGUCUAAUGUACGAGAAACGUCCAAAAUGUUCAGGCGGAGGAUCAAACUUCGUAUCCGUCAGCAUGGUCGACUGUUAUCCUGCAAUACUAAUAUUAUCAUACGGAACUAUUGUCGCACUAUUCUUCCUUGGUCUAGAAAUAUUAGUCCAUAAAAGAGAAAAAGUAUUACUAAAAUUGAAAUGUAUGAAAGAGGAAAAUUACGAUUAAUGGCAGAAGUUAAUUCUUAAGA